AUGGGCUCGGCAAGCAAAAUAUACUACAAGCUGUGUUGGAACAGUUUGGAUCAGAUCACACAGUGGUUGACCGACAAUUUUGUUGUCCUAUCUCUGGGACAGGAGAUAAAUUCCUUCGAGGGUCUGAAGGAGCCAUAUGCACAGGCUCUAGAGUCGAUACUCGUCACCGAGUGUACCGGCGGUGAUCUCGAGUCCGGCGCAUACCGUCUUCAAAACGUCGAACUAGACGUCCAAGCCUAUCAACUUCGCACCCAACUUGAUCAAGAGAGAAACCAACAUACCUUGCACGAGGAGGAAUUAGUGGAUAAUGUGGAGGAUUCCGGAAAGACCAAAGUUUUGAUAUUACCAAGCACGGAAUUGGAUGGGCUUUGGGAGUCUCUGCAGUACGACCAGCCUCUACAGUCAACACUACUCCGCGCCAUAACUCGAAUGGUGUCCUUCUCUGCUCGGAAGCUUGAUAAAUGGACGAUCAACUGGAAUAGGUUAAUCCUCCUUUGGGGCCCCCGGGAACAGGGAAAACGAGCCUAUGGUGGCCGUGGCCUGUCCCAGAAGCUCGCCAUACGCCUCGGAAAGCAUUACCCACAGAGUAAGCUGGUUGAGAUCAACGCUCACUCCCUCGGAAGCAAGUUUUUCGGCGAAAGUGGCAAGUUGGUCAGCAAAGCGUUCGAGAGCAUUGAGCUACUGCUUGAUGAGGAAGAAGACACUUUCGUCUGCGUGUUUGUAGACGAAAUUGAAACGCUGGCAGCCCGAAGGGAACGCGCUCUGAGUAGCAAAGAGCCCUUUGAUGCUAUUCGAGCAGUCAAUGCCCUACUCACAGGCCUUGACCGCUUAAAGCAGCAUCACAAUGUUAUCGUGAUCUGUACGAGCAAUCUGGUGACAGCCCUGGACCAGGCCUUCCUCGAUCGCGUCGAUAUCAAGCAGUUCGUACCUCAUUUAUCAAACAGAACCAUUUAUGGGAUCUAUAAAGAGUGCCUGGAAGAACUAGGCCGGCGAGGGAUUAUCGAGGGCGCCUCGUUUGACGUUGUUCAAGUCAAUCCGGAAGAUCCACAGACAGCGUUGCAAUAUGAGGAGCAGCCUGCAGAGUCCUUGAUGCUACCAAUGUUUGAAGAAAUGCUUCUGAACUACCAGAUCUUCCCGAACGCCAUACCGAAGCAGCUUGCGGAUGCCGCUGCCGCCAGUGUGGGACUGAGCGGCCGUACUAUAAGAAGAUUGCCGGCUCUAUCUUUGGUGCUUCAUUGCAGCAGCUACCAAUGCGAUAUUCGAGCCGCGCUUCAAGCAUUGCAUAAGUGCAUAGCGUCGGAGAUCCAGGCCAAGACUGAGGCCAUGUGA